AUGCUUAAAUAUCAAACUGUUCCAGUGCCGACCAGAGAGUUGUCGCUUGAGAAUAUGGCGCCCGAAUGGCAACAAGUGGCUCUUAAUGGUUACGUAAUUUGUUGGUCAAAAUUUGAAUUGCAUUUGAAUGUGCUAACCCAGAACUAUGCUCGAGCGAUCACCGUUGGGCUACUAAUGACUACUGGUCUACUUACAGAAGUACCUACGGGAACAGCAAACAGUAAUGGCGACGAUCCAAACAAUUACGCCGAUAUUAACGAGCCAAAAGAUUGGAUGAGUGAAAAAACUGAAGCAAGCAAUGAAACUGCGCUGGAAAAUUCGGAUGAAAAUGUAACGUUCACUGAGGAUUCUGGAAAUGUGGGGAGUGAUGACGACAGCGAGCGUUCGUUGGAGUAUUCGUGUUGCACUUGCAAAUCCGGAACUCUUUCUGGAUGUUUGUUUUUCGAAUUGAAUUCAGGACAAUUUUUCGAUUCUAAAUGA